AUGGCUUCGUCUGCCACUCUCCCUCAAGAUCCAGCUACAAACCCAAAUGCUCCCUCACAAAACCCUAACAUCACAAACCCAGAUCAAAUUCAACAAGCAUUACCUGAUGAUGAUACCCAAUUCUCCAAAUCCCUAACCCUAGAAAUCCCAAACCCUGACCCUCAAGAAGAUGACCCAACAAACCAAAACCAAGACGACUUCGAAGACCUCACCACGUUCUCUUCCACCACAACCAUCAACUCCGCCUCCCGUCGUGUUGGCGGUGGUAGGAAAGGCAGGAAGGCUAACCUAAAACGACGCGUCCAGGUUAAAAAGUCAGAGAAAAAGCUUGAAACUUUAAGCCAAACACUAAACCCAAUCCCCUUUGUACCCAGCAAAACCCUUGACUUUGCUUCGCAUGAAACCCUUUUAAAAAAAUUGGGUUUGUGGGAUUUUGUGCAUUUGCAAUUUGAUACUAAUCUUCGUGCUGAUUUGCUUGCGCAAUUGAUUGCUGGUUAUAAUCCUGCGACGCGGGGUAGUUAUGUUAAUGAAGUUAAGAUUAUGGUCAACCGUGCUGAUUUAGGGCGUGCUUUGAAGUUACCGGUGAAGAAAGAUAAGGGUAGUUUAGGAGAUGGUGCAUCUGAGGUUAAGGAGAGUGCGGAGUCAAUUGGAUUUAUAGAGGAGUUGGUGUCAAAUUGGAUAUUUUUGCAUGAGGAUACUUGGAUGAUGCCCCCAGAUAUAUUGAACUGGAUUAAAUUGAUUAAAGAAGGGAACUUUGAGAAGUUGGAUUGGGCUGGAAUGGUUUGGUAUAUGGUGGAAAAAGAGUUGAAUGCAGAGCCUAGUUUAGGGAAUUGUUACUAUGCCUCGCAUUUACAGUGUCUGAUAAAAUGCCAGAGAGAGGAGUUGUUGAAGGAGGGGAGCGUUAAAGUGGAGAUUGAUGUUAAGGAUGAUGAUGAGGAGGGUGUGAAGAUGGAGGAGGGUGCGAAGACAGAGGAGGGUGUGAAGGAGGGGAGCGUUAAAGUGGAGAUUGAUGUUAAGGAUGAUGAUGAGGAGGGUGUGAAGAUGGAGGAGGGUGCGAAGACAGAGGAGGGUGAGAAGAGGGAAGAGGCUGCGAAAACGGAGGAGGUUGAGAAGAGGGAGGAGGCUGCGAAAACAGUGGAGGGUGCCAAGAUGGAGGAGGGUGUGAAGAUGGAGGAGGGUGCCAAGAUGGAGGAGGGUGUAAAGACGGGUGAGGUGUUUAGGGAUGAAUCAUCUGUCUUAGAAGAGCAUACAAUUGAGUUGAGUCUUGGAGGGAUGGAUAAUGCAGGGAAGAAAGAGGGGGAGAAAGAAGGAAAGGAGAAUGUGGGUGAUGAGGAUGUGAUGGAUUUUGAGGAGAGGAAAGAGGAAGAAGAUCAGGGUCAGUGGGGAAAGAUCAGUAUGGAUGGUCAUUUUCUGCAGCCAUGUAGUCUUAGUCAAGUUGGGGGAAUGGAAUGUGAGGAAGAGAGGGAACAGCAGGAUGAGGUGGAGGGAGAGGAAGAGGGUAAGGGAGGACAGGAAAGAGAAGAAGAGGAGGAGGAGGAGGAGGAGGAGGAGCCAGAGGAGGUGGAGGAUGAGGAGGAGGAGGAGGAGGAGGAGGAAGGUGAUGAUGUGGGUUUUGAUAUCUCAGCCAAAGGGAAUAUUUUGGAGGGUGUAAGCUCCGAGAAUCUUCUUGAGGUGAUGGAAGCAGCUCAAGUUCCUUUUAGUUCAGGGGUCCAAAUUCAUGAUAAUGUAUCUUCUGGGGAGUUUCAUGUUUCUAGGGUUCAUACAGACACAAUUCCUGGUGGUUCUUCACUUUUUGGUAAUGUUGGUGGGAGCAAGAGGGUGAUUGAGCAUCUUGAGAGUGAUAUACCUCAUCACUCACUUAAUGGUGGUAAUAAGAGGAUGAGGAGUGAUGGGCAUUGGGAGGCAAAACCGUAUUCGGACUUUGAUAUGUUUGAGGAGGAGAUGCAGCGUAUGAUGGGAAAAGCCAGGGUGAUGAUGGAGGAAAAGGAGCAGUCAUGUCAGCAAAUGAGUAUGCACCAACAGAUGUUGUUUACUGAGUUGCAGCAGCGCGAUAACUUCAUUCAGCAAUUGCAGAAGGCCAAGAUGGAAGAGCAGCGGAAGAGCCAGUUGGAGGUUUAUAGACUUGAACGUGAACUGUAUAUGAUGGGAAGUCUCGUAGAGGGCUAUAGGAAGGCCCUGAAGGAGACGCACAAGGCCUUUGUUGAGUACAGAGCAAAAUGCCAACUACCUGAAGAACCGAUUUACAAGGAUACUGGGUCUGGAGGUCUUGUUUUGAGUACCAUGGAAUUGGAGAAGCAGCGCUUGAAGCAAGAGGAAGAAGAAAGGCUAAAGCAAGAGGAAGAAGAAAGGCUAAACCGUCUAUUGCUUGAGAAGUUGGUUAAAGAAUUUGAAGUAGAGUGCAUUGAUAAAUUUCAAGGAUAUGAGAAUACUGUUAAGUUGCUGAGUGACAAGUUGCUGGUUGUUGGGGAGAAAUUCAAUCUCCUGAAGGAGAUGUCUGGAAAGCGAAAGGUGUCAGAAUGUGUUGCCACUGAGGACUGCAUUCCAGUUAAAGAAUCUGCUCCAACUGAAGAAUGUGUUUCAGCUGAAGGAUCUAUUCCAAAUGAAGCAUGUGUGUCAGCUGAAGGAUCUGUUCCACUUGUAGAUCAUGCUUCUGCUGAAGAAUGUGUUCCAAUGGAAGAAUGUGUUCCAACGGAAGAAUGUGUUCCAACAGAUGGAUGA